CUUCAUAGGCUGUCACACCCUGUGCAGGACUCAGUCCCAGUCAGGACACAGCAUGGACAUGAGGGUCCCCACCCAGCUCCUGGGGCUCCUGCUGCUCUGGCUGCCAGGUGUGCGAUGUGACAUCCAGGUGACCCAGCCUCCACCCUCCCUGGCUGCCUCUUUAGGCGACACAGUCACCCUCACUUGCCGGGCCAGUCAGGGCAUUAGCAAAAACUUAGACUGGUAUCAGGAGAAACCAGGGAGACCUCCUACUCUCCUGAUGCAUCAUACUAAGGAUUUACACUCUGGGGUCCCAUCGAGGUUCAGCGGCAGUGGGUCUGGGACAGAUUUCACUCUCACCAUCAGGAACCUGCAGCCUGAAGACAUUGCAACUUAUUACUGUAUGCAGCAUAACAGUUCCCCUCCCACAGUGAUUCAAACCGUAACAAAAACCUCUCAAAGAAGCAGAAGAUGCAUAGAACUUAUUGUCCAUAUUUUGUCCUGUAGCAGAUUCCCUAGCAGAAACUAUACUCACACAGUCUCCAGCGUUCUGGCAGUGGCUGUAGGAGGCAAGGCGACCAUCACCUGCAAGGCCAGUACGGACACUGAUGAUGAUAUGCAGUGGUAUCAACAGAAACCAGCAGAAGCUCCUAAGUUCCUUUUUACAGGAGCUGCUACUCUCACCUCUGGAAUCCCUUCCUGGUUCAGCGGCAGUGGGUAUGGUACAGAUUUUACCCUGAAAUGCCAUAUCCCCCUUGCUGUUUUUGUCACAAUCGAUACUGUGGAGACUACAAAAGCCUUCAGCACAGGAUCCACCUUACCAAUGUCCGUCUCCAGCUGGAGGCAAGAUCACAUGGCCAGGUCUUCAUCUGUUUUCAAAGUCACCAUUUCCCUCUCAAAGGAGAACAAACGAGCUAUCAGAAUAGACCUGGGUUAG